GGGGGAGCCCGGGGAGCCCCGGGACACCGCCUGGGUGGAAGCGUGGCUGGACGACCACUGGGACUUCACUUCCUCUUACUUUGUGCGGAAAGCCACUAGAGAAAUGGUCAAUGCAUGGUUUGCUGAGAGAAUUCAUCCCAUCCCAGUCUGUAAGGAAGGAGUCAGAGGUCCCACCGAGUCCUGCUCUUGUCCCCCUCAGCAGAGUCCUCGUGCCGAGAGCGCCGCGCCCGGCACCCCCACCCGGAAAAUCUCAGCCUCCGAGUUCGACCGGCCACUGCGGCCCAUCGUGGUGAAGGACGCCGAAGGCACCGUGAGCUUCCUCUGUGACUCGGAGAAGAAGGAACAGAUGCCUCUGCAGCCCCCUAGGUUUGGCGCCGACACGGGAGACCAGUGCUCUCGGCUCCUGGAGCUCGUGAAAGAUAUCUCUAGCCAUCUGGACGUCACGGCGCUUUGUCACAAAAUCUUCUUACACAUCCACGGGCUGAUCUCGGCCGAUCGCUACUCCCUCUUCUUGGUCUGCGAGGAUAGCUCCAACGACAAAUUCCUCAUCAGCCGCCUGUUCGACGUCGCCGAAGGCUCCACCCUGGAAGAAGCUUCCAAUAGCUGUAUCCGCUUAGAGUGGAACAAGGGAAUUGUGGGUCAUGUGGCAGCUCUGGGGCAGCCCUUGAACAUCAAAGAUGCAUAUGAGGAUCCAAGGUUCAAUGCGGAAGUGGACCAAAUCACAGGCUACAAGACCCAGAGCAUUCUCUGUAUGCCGAUCAAGAACCACAGGGAUGAGGUUGUUGGUGUGGCCCAGGCCAUUAACAAGAAAUCUGAAAAUGGUGGCACAUUCACGGAAAAAGAUGAAAAGGAUUUUGCCGCUUAUCUGGCAUUCUGUGGAAUUGUUCUCCACAAUGCCCAGCUGUAUGAAACAUCACUUCUGGAGAACAAACGGAACCAGGUGCUGCUGGACCUUGCCAGCCUGAUCUUUGAAGAGCAGCAGUCCUUAGAAGUGAUCCUGAAGAAGAUCGCGGCUACCAUCAUUGCCUUCAUGCAGGUGCAGAAAUGCACAAUCUUUAUAGUGGAUGAAGAUUGCUCGGAUUCGUUUUCUAGGGUGUUUCACAUGGAGUUUGAGGAUUUGGAAAAACCAGCAGAUGCUCUAACAAGGGAUGGAGACACGAACAGAAUUAAUUACAUGUACGCUCGCUAUGUCAGAGACACCAUGGAACCUCUUAACAUCCCCGACGUCUAUAAGGACAAGAGAUUUCCCUGGACAAAUGAAAACCCAGGAAGCUUUCAGCAGCCCAUUAGAAGUUUGCUUUGUACGCCUAUAAAAAAUGGGAAGAAGAAUAAAGUCAUAGGAGUUUGCCAGCUCGUUAAUAAGAUGGAAGAGAAUUCCAGCAAAUUCAAACCUUUCAACCGAAACGAUGAGCAGUUCCUGGAAGCUUUUGUCAUCUUUUGUGGAUUGGGAAUCCAGAACACCCAAAUGUAUGAAGCAGUGGAAAGAGCCAUGGCCAAGCAGAUGGUAACUCUAGAGGUUCUGUCAUAUCAUGCUUCUGCAGCAGAAGAGGAAACGAGAGAGCUUCAGUCAUUAACAGCCGCCAUGAUACCAUCCGCCCAAACCCUCAAGAUAAUGGACUUCUCCUUCAGUGACUUUGAGCUCUCCGAUUUGGACACGGCCCUCUGCACGAUUCGGAUGUUCACUGACCUCAACCUUGUGCAGAAUUUCCAGAUAAAACACGAGGUUCUUUGCAGGUGGAUCCUAAGUGUCAAAAAGAAUUAUCGAAAGAAUGUAGCCUACCACAAUUGGCGGCACGCCUUUAACACAGCCCAGUGCAUGUUUGCUGCAUUAAAGUCAGGUAAAAUUCAGAACUGGCUGACCGACCUGGAGAUCCUGGCCUUGCUGAUCGCUGCUCUGAGCCAUGACCUGGAUCACAGAGGGGUGAACAACUCGUAUAUACAGAGAAGUGAACACCCCCUCGCGCAGCUUUACUGCCACUCCAUAAUGGAGCACCAUCAUUUUGACCAGUGCCUGAUGAUCCUUAACAGCCCAGGCAACCAGAUUCUCAGUGGCCUGUCCAUUGACGAAUACAAAGCCACAUUGAAAAUGAUCAAGCAGGCAAUUCUAGCCACUGACUUGGCAUUGUACAUCAAGAGAAGAGGAGACUUUUUUGAACUCAUAAGAAAGAAACAAUUCAACUUUGAAGAUUCCCAGCACAGAGAGUUAUUUCUAGCAAUGCUGAUGACAGCCUGUGAUCUCUCUGCGAUAACCAAGCCCUGGCCAGUUCAGCAGCGGAUAGCAGAGCUAGUGGCUGCAGAAUUUUUUGACCAAGGAGACAGAGAGCGAAAGGAAUUAAACAUCGAGCCCACAGACUUGAUGAACAGAGAGAAGAAAAAUAAAAUCCCGAGCAUGCAAGUUGGAUUCAUCGAUGCCAUUUGCUUACAACUCUAUGAGGCCCUGGCCCACGUCUCAGAGGCCUGCUUCCCCCUGCUAGACGGCUGUAGGAAAAAUAGGCAGAAGUGGCAGGCGCUGGCUGAGCAGCAGGAGAAGAACCUGAUGAACGGCGAAAGCGGGCAGCCCAAGCUGACCUGAAGGGGCCCGGGAUAGACCGA